UAAAAUAUCAGUGGCGGACCUUAGUAGAUAGAUAUUUUAAAAUUAGGUAUAGUAAUCAUCGGAUUUAGUUCAUCAAAAUGUCGUCGUCGUCAGCUAUGAACGAUCCAUCGUUUGAUGAGUUUUACACAGAGGUAAAGGAGAUUGAAAAGCGUGACUCCGUAUUGACACCAAAACAACAAAUUGACCGUUUACUACGCCCAGGUUCUACCUAUUUCAACUUGAACCCCUUUGAAGUGCUGCAGUUGGAGCCAGAAUGUACUCUCGAAGAAAUCAAGAAGAAAUACAGACGGUUAUCCAUUCUUGUGCAUCCUGACAAGAAUAUGGAAGAUUUGGAGCGAGCACAGCAGGCUUUUGAGAUUGUAAACAGAGCUUUUAAGACUUUAGAGAAUGAUGAUACAAGAAAGAAAUGCUUGGAUAUUUAUCAAGAGGCCAAAGAACGAACUGAACACAUGGAAUCUCGGCAAAACCGCGUCGACAGCUGGAAGACGUUCCAAUCGGGCGGCGGCAAGGAGAAGAAAAAGAAGAAGAUUAUGGGCUUCAAACCACCAAAGCCUAAACCAGAGAGCAGAUAACUUACUGCGUAGUGUUAAUAUAGUUUAGAUAUAAUUCCUGGAUCUGUGUUAACUGGAUUUGAUCGUUUUAUGCAACCUAAUGGAAUGCGACCUAAUGAUCUUUGUAUUAGAGACGAAAGUAAUAAUGAAUACGUAUAAGUAUUACGUAACAUUUGACUUUUAUUCUACGGAAUACGCGGUACAGUCGUUGCUUUUCUAUGCUCCUAUUAUAACUAACGUAAACCACAUUUUUACCGAAAUUGAGUUACUGUUUGUUACAAUAGUGUAAACUCAAAAAGUAUAUUUUUUCAGAAUCGAUGAAAAACAGAUAAGUUAAAAUUUGUCAAAAGCAUGGCACAUCCUCACUGGUCGAAUUCCUAUCAUAAUUAAAAGUGACGUAAUGUUGGAGAGGGUGUGUACAAACGUUAAUAAACCAUCAAUAAUGACUCACGGCGCCAUCUUUAAAUCGUAUAUUACAAUAUUCUAACGACGAUUUUAUUGACGUGUAGAAAAUCUAAUUUCGGAUUCAGAAAUAGUAUAAUCUUGAAAUUAAACUAUUUUUUCGGAUCUUAAUAGCGUAUAUUUGUUUUUGUAUAUUUAGCUGGAAAGAUAAAAAAAAUGUUCCCCCCUCACUAUUUUAUUUUAUUUUUUAUG